AUGCUCUCUCGCCGGGCACAAGAACAGAUCCCCCCUUCCGCAUUCAAUGUGAUGUGGGAAGUCAUGAAAGAUCCAUGGGAUGCACAGGAUAACCCCAACGGAUACGUGAAUGUGGGUGUAGCAGAGAACCACUUGAUGCAGGCCGAGCUGGAGGAGUAUCUCUCGCAGCGCAUCGACAUGCGUGGUUCUGUCUUGACCUACCAGGAUGGUCCGAUGGGCAGCCAGCGGUUGCGUGGCGCGCUGGCGCGCUUCCUUAACCGCCAGCUGAACCCCUAUCAUCCCCUAGACGCCUCCCAGAUCAUCGUCACCAACGGUGUGUCCAAUGCCCUCGAACACACCUCCUGGGCCUUUGCCAACCCAGGAGAUGCCUUCAUUCUAGGCCGGCCGUACUACGGGGCCAUUAACCUGGCUCUUCGGCCACAGGUGCUCACGCUGCCCGUCACCUUUGGCGAGGUCGACCCGAUGAGCCUAGAUGCCAUACCAUUCUACGAGGAGACCAUCCUCGCCGCAAGACUACAAGGCACAACCGUCAGGGGACUGCUGUUGUGCUCACCGCAUAAUCCGCUGGGCAAGUGCUACUCGCCCGAGGUCCUGGCGGCAUUCUUGAAGCUGUGCGACAAGUACCAGAUGCAUCUUGUCUGCGACGAGAUAUACGCUCUAUCUGUCUGGAGUGACCCCCCUUUUACCUCAGUAGUCGCCCUCGACAUCGAGAAGUUCAUCGAUCCAAGCCAGGUCCAUGUUCUCUGGGGCAUCUCCAAGGAUUUCGGCGCCAAUGGCUGGCGAUUGGGAUGCAUCGUCUCGCUUUCUAACCGUGAGUUCCACACGGCGAUGAACUCGGUUGCCAUCUACUCGUACGUCUCGUCCAUCACAGAUCACAUCGUGACGCAGAUGCUGGAGGACGACAGGUUUGUCAACGCCUAUCUAGACGAGAACCGGCGCCGGCUGGCGUCUAUGUAUUCCUUUGCGACCGAUUUCUUGCGGCGACAUGCCAUUCCCUACCGGCGGGGCGUACACGCUGCCUUUUUCCUCUGGGUUGAUCUAGGCCAGGCGUAUCGCAGUCGACAUCCAGACCGGGCGUCAAAGGGCGAUAUCACGGAGGAAGUAAAGCAGGCUCUCUGGGCGCAUAAGGUGUAUUUGGCAUGGGGAGGCAACUUUGACAGUGAGUCCCCGGGAACAUUUCGCAUUGUGUUUGCCCAUCCUCGAGAGUACUUGGAGCAGGCCCUGCGCCGGAUUAACCGGGCGCUAGACCAUGGAGUCCACUGCGCGAGUUGGGUAAACUCGUCUCUGUAA